UAAAACCAUACCAAUAUGAGUCGUGUUCAUGAACUGCUGCUGUCCUGUGCUGUGCAGGUGCUGUCUGAUAUGACCAUACUCCAGCGGAGGAUCCCCCCCAGUUUCAGAGACCCUGCCAGCGCACCACUGAGGAAACUCUCUGUUGACCUCAUCAAAACUUACAAGCACAUCAAUGAGGUGUACUAUACUAAGAAGAAGCGACGGGCCCAGCAGGUCCCUCCAGAGGACAGCAGCACCAAGAAGGAGAGGAAAGUCUACAACGACGGCUAUGACGACGACAACUACGACUACAUUGUCAAAAAUGGAGAAAAGUGGCUGGACCGCUAUGAGAUAGACUCGCUGAUCGGGAAGGGCUCCUUCGGACAGGUGGUGAAGGCCUACGACCACCAUGAGCAGGAAUGGGUCGCCAUCAAGAUCAUCAAGAACAAGAAGGCAUUUCUAAACCAGGCUCAGAUUGAACUACGCCUACUGGAGCUCAUGAACAAGCAUGACACUGAGAUGAAAUAUUACAUAGUCCACCUGAAGCGUCACUUUAUGUUUAGGAACCAUCUCUGUUUGGUGUUUGAGUUGUUGAGCUACAACCUGUACGAUCUGCUGAGGAACACCAACUUCAGAGGCGUCUCCCUCAACCUCACCAGGAAGUUUGCACAGCAGCUGUGUACAGCAUUAUUAUUCCUGGCCACUCCAGAGCUGUCAAUCAUCCACUGCGACCUGAAGCCUGAGAACAUCCUGCUGUGUAACCCCAAGAGAUCUGCCAUCAAGAUUGUGGACUUUGGAUCCUCUUGCCAGUUGGGGCAGAGGAUCUACCAGUACAUCCAGAGCAGGUUCUACCGCUCUCCGGAGGUGCUGCUGGGCAUGCCCUACGACCUGGCCAUCGACAUGUGGUCUCUGGGCUGCAUCCUGGUGGAGAUGCACACAGGAGAGCCUCUGUUCAGCGGCUCCAACGAGGUGGACCAGAUGAAUAAGAUUGUGGAGGUGUUGGGGGUUCCACCCGCCCACAUGCUUGACACGGCCCCUAAAGCCAGGAAGUAUUUUGACAAGCUGUCAGAUGGCCUGUGGACAGUGAAGAAGAACAAGGACAUCAAGAAGGAGUAUAAGCCCCCGGCCACGCGGCGUCUUCAUGAGAUCUUGGGUGUGGAGACUGGAGGCCCAGGGGGCCGCAGGGCAGGGGAGCCGGGACACGCCCCCUGCGACUACCUGAAGUUUAAAGAUCUGAUCCUGCGCAUGCUGGACUAUGACCCAAAAAGCCGCAUCACGCCAUUCUACGCCCUGCAGCACAAUUUCUUCAAGAAGACGACAGAUGAAGGAACCAACACCAGUUCAUCGACGUCCACCUCUCCUGCCAUGGACCACUCCCAUUCAACCUCCACUACUAGCUCUGUUUCUAGCUCUGGUGGCUCCAGUGGUUCUUCCAAUGACAACCGCAACUACCGCUACAGUAACCGCUACUACAACUCUGCUGUUACACACUCAGACUAUGAGAUGACCAGCCCUCAGGCUCCCUCCCAGCAGCAGAUGAGGAUGUGGCCCGGCAGUGAUGGUGGAGGUGGGGGUCAGGACCCAGCAUACACCCAGUUGCUGCUCCACAAGCCGGCUGCCUCCCAACAGCACCAGCGCCACUUCCUGGACGCGCCCCACCACCCGCACCCGACCUACUCCCACCACGGGAACGGUGGCCGUGGCCUGCGGCAGGGCGGACAGACGGGCAUCGGUGGAGUGGGGGGCCAGCAGGGAUCCUCGCCCCAGAUGAGUGACAGCAUGGAUGUGGGCGUGUCCCUAGGGCUGCACCACCUGGGGGCGGUGUCUUCCAUGGAGGCCUCUCAGUUCGGCUCGGCCUCCCUGCCCCUCGCUCUGCCAAUCGGACUGUCAGCCUUCCGGACUCGGACGGCCCCCACCGCCCCAGGGCCACAAGCCCCGCCCCCUGAGGACUACUACCCUGCGUCCAACAACAAUAACCCCGCUGGGGGGGGCAGAGGGAGGCCGGACUCAGACGAGGGGCCAGCCAACUCUUGAUAAAACCUGAACCAUGCCCUAAAGCCAUACAAUUUUAACUACAACUACUACAACUACACACACAGCCAGAGUUCAGAGACAAAGAGGUGAACUUUGUGCUGCAGGAGACAGUCUGUACUGCAUGAGAGGAGGAGGAGGAGGGGGGGAGGAGGAGAGGGAGAGGAGGAGGAGGAUGCUGGGAGAACUCUCCUUUUAUCCCGUUUUAUUUUUUUGUCUUUUGUUGCGACUGUAAUUGGAAAGGAAUGAUUGUGACAAGUUUGUUUUUAUUAAUAUUAUUAUUAUUGUUGUUUAAUAUUAUUUGAUUUUUUCUCGGGUUUGAGGAGUUGUGUGUUCUACUUGGUUGUUGUUUAAGCCUGGAGAGGAGGAGGACGAAGAGAGGAGACAUGCUUUUUGAUUUGAUCUCCAUUCAGAUUACCUGUUAGUUCCGGCAUUACAGUUUUCCAUAUUAACAGUCAACACACACACACACACACACACACACACACACACACACACACACACACACACACACACACACACUGUUGCAUCAAGAAGAUAGAGGCUGGUGUGAAGGGAGGAGACGGCACCACGUGUGGUUUGGGACUCAUGGAUGGUCUCUGUGUUGAACUCUUCUUCUCCACCUUUCUCUGCUGCUCCCCCCCGGCUGUGACAGAGGAUGGAGAGAGGGAGGGCGGUGGAGGGAGGAGAAGGUGGCGGGACACUCGUAGGGAUCUCCUUCUCCUCCUAGUCCCCCCCCCCCGUCCCUGCCCUGCUUUCUUCUUUCUCUCCUCCUCCUCCUGUUGUUUCUCCUCCAGACAGCUCCUCCUCUCUGUGCUGCUAAUCACCAUGACAACUGGUCCGGAUUGCUGCUAAAGAUCCAACA